GUUUUGAAUUACUCUAGAGCCAAAGAUGUACAAAGCAAGCCCUAAUAGAAGAGCGAUCUUGGAGAGAAGUAAGAGUGUAAGAGAGAAGGAGCCUAAGCAAACCUCAAACUUCUUUGCCAAACACUUAAAGAGGAUAUAUCCGAUCACGCUUCAACGUAGUACUUCUUCUUCUUUCUCACUCUCUUCUAUAUCUCUAUCACUCUCUCAAAACUCGACCGAUUCCUCUGCCACGGAUUCCACUUCCACGCUAGAGCAAAGGAUCUCUCUAGCACUAGGUUUAAUCUCAUCUCCUAGUAGAAGAGAAACAUUUGUUCCUAAAACAAUUCCGCGACAACAACAAGAACAACGUCUAUAUGAGGACUUCAAAAGUGAUGAACCAAAGAGGUGUAAUUGGAUCACCAAGAGAAGUGAUGAAGUCUACGUAACGUUUCAUGAUCAGCAAUGGGGAGUCCCUGUCUAUGAUGAUAACUUGCUUUUUGAGUUCCUUGCUAUGUCGGGGAUGUUAAUGGACUAUAAUUGGACCGAGAUUUUAAAACGCAAGGAACUCUUUAGAGAGGCAUUUUGUGAGUUUGACCCAAACCUGGUGGCCAAAAUGAGAGAGAAAGAGAUCACGGAAAUUGCAUCAAACAAAGCAAUAAUGCUACAAGAGAGUCGAGUUAGGUGUAUAGUUGACAAUGCUAAAUGCAUAAUCAAGGUGGUUAAGGAAUUUGGAUCAUUCAGCAGCUAUAUGUGGGGGUUUAUGGAUUAUAAACCGAUCAUUAAUAGAUUCAAGUAUUCAAGAAAUGUACCACUGAGAUCUCCCAAGGCUGAGAUAAUUAGCAAAGAUAUGAUCAAACGAGGAUUUCGAUUCGUCGGUCCAGUUAUCGUACAUUCUUUCAUGCAAGCAGCAGGGUUAACAAUUGAUCACCUCGUUGAUUGUUUCAGACAUGGUGAUUGUGUGAGCCUCGCUGAGAGGCCAUGGAGGCAUAUAUGAUGUUCACUUUUUGGGUUAAAACAUAUAUUCGAGCUUUUGACUGUUCUUUGGUUUAAUAAAAUAUUUGAAAUCAAACUGCUUGUUAUUUCUAUAAGUUUUCUUUUGGUUUUUUUUGAUCAA